CAGCACAGUCUCAGCGGCAGCAGCAGCCUGUGGUCCAGUGGCUUGAAGCCGUCAUCGUGAAGAAACACCGCACAGAUGACUAUCAUAUACUUAUCCGUUUAACCAACUGUAAAAUCUCAGACUACACCCUCCGCCUUUCUGCUGCGGGUCUUUCAUUCGGAGGAUUUGUCAUUGUUUUUCCCCUCCGGGAGGCUGAAUGGAAGCAGCAGCCGAGGGAGCGGCCGGGCUGUCGGAGGCCAGGGACGGCAGCCCGCUGUCCGCGGACGCAGCAUCCGAUGAUGGCUACACGAUGGUUGGACUUAGCUACGGGCUGGACGUCGCAGACACGGAUGAUGCAGCUGCUAAGAAAGCCAUGAUCACAGAGAUGCCCUCCUCCUCUGGCCAACCUGGCCAAGGAAAGAAGAUUGGUCACAGAGGGGUGGACGCAUCAGGAGAAACAACUUACAAGAAGACCACAUCCUCUGCCUUGAAGGGUGCCAUUCAGCUGGGUAUCGGUUACACUGUGGGCAACCUGAGCUCCAAACCUGAGAGAGAUGUGUUGAUGCAGGAUUUUUAUGUUGUGGAGAGCAUCUUCUUCCCCAGUGAAGGCAGCAAUCUUACCCCAGCUCAUCAUUUCCCUGACUUCCGCUUCAAGACCUAUGCUCCUGUGGCAUUCCGCUAUUUCAGAGAACUGUUUGGCAUCAGGCCAGACGACUACUUGUACUCCCUGUGUAAUGAGCCCCUGAUUGAACUAUCCAAUCCUGGAGCAAGUGGCUCAGUCUUCUACCUUACAAAGGACGAUGAGUUUAUCAUCAAGACUGUCAUGCAUAAGGAGGCUGAAUUCUUACAGAAACUGCUGCCUGGAUACUACAUGAACUUGAACCAGAACCCUCGCACUUUGCUGCCCAAGUUUUUCGGCCUGUACUGUGUCCAGUCUGGUGGGAAGAAUAUCCGUGUGGUGGUGAUGAAUAACGUCCUUCCCCGUGUUGUUCGCAUGCAUUUAAAGUAUGACCUGAAGGGCUCCACCUACAAGAGACGAGCCUCAAAGAAAGAGAGGGAGAAGGCCAAGCCCACUUUCAAAGACCUUGACUUCAUGCAAGACAUGCAGGAUGGACUGAUGCUGGACCAGGACACUUUCAAUGCGCUGGUGAAGACCUUACAGAGAGACUGCCUGGUGCUGGAAAGCUUUAAGAUCAUGGACUACAGCCUGCUGCUCGGGGUUCACAACAUGGAUCAGGCAGAGAGGGAGAAGCAGAUGGAGGGUUCUCAAAGCAGCAGCGAUGAGAAGAGGCCUGUGGCCCAGCAGAAAGCCUUAUAUUCCACAGCCAUGGAGUCCAUCCAGGGAGGUGCCGCCUGUGGGGGGUCCAUUGACACUGAUGACACGAUGGGAGGAAUCCCAGCCAUCAGUGGAAAGGGAGAAAGACUUCUUCUCUUCAUCGGAAUCAUUGACAUAUUGCAGUCUUACAGACUAAUCAAGAAACUUGAGCACACAUGGAAAGCUUUGGUUCAUGAUGGGGACACUGUAUCAGUGCACCGACCAGGCUUCUAUGCAGACAGGUUCUUCAAGUUCAUGAGCAGCACAGUUUUCAAGAAGAGUUCCUCUCUGAAGUCAUCUCCAUCAAAGAAAGGUCGAGUGUCCUUGACAGCAUCAAAGUGUGCUGGUCCUGGUGCCGCAUGGUCAGCCAGCCAGCUGCCGUCUGAGAGAGAUGAAAAUAUCUACGACCUGAGAGGAGCUCGCAGCUUCCCCACACUAGAGGAUGAGGGGAGGCAAGAUCUUCCUUGUACUCCUCCAUCAUUUGAAGAGGCCACCACAGCAUCAAUUGCCACCACACUUUCUUCCACAACCUCUCUGUCUAUUCCUGAGAGAUCGCCCUCUGACACAUCUGAGCACCCCCGCUACAGGAGGCACACGCAGUCCCUCAGCCAUGACGUCAGGACCCAGGAGGAGUUGUGUGUACAGGAGGAUCAGCAGACUAUCACAGUGGAGGUGGAGCUGAAGAGACAUGACAGCGAACCUGCCAUCUCUGUUCCACAGCCUUCACCUGAAGCCAGUGACGUUCAUGAUGUAGAUGGUGCAGAGGCUCCCGAUGCUGCUGCAGUACCUUCUAGCUCUUCAACAGCGCCUGAAGCCUCGUGCUCCUCGUCACCUGCUCCAGCUGCUUCUUCUCCUGGAGCAGUGAAGGAAGCUCCAGCCAGUCCCAAUAUAGUGGUGGUGGAGGCAGACACCAGCAGUCAGAUGUCUGGCUCAGGGUGCACCAGCCAGGCUUCAGUCGAUGAUGACGAUGAUGUGCCAAUCUCAGAUAUCUAUUUGCCUCCAGAGGACAGGACCUGGGUGUAUUCUCCACUGCACUAUGGCUCAGAGUCUCAGGCUGUACCGGAAGGGGAUUGGGAAAGCGAGACAUAAGACGUGAUCUCUGGCAGAAAGGGAUGAAGGCCUCAGCGAGGACGACUAGUCGGUCUGACAGACAGACCUCAGUGGUAGCAACAGCACUUCUGCCUGCUCCGGGAUUUUAAACAUGCAGAAACACGCUGAUGGAAAAAAACGUAACUACCAGAGGAGGGCUGAUAAAUAACAAUCCCGACAGUGAUGACAUCACUGAUUUCCAACCAUCCCUGCCUUUCUCCCUCAACAGAUAAUAACUACACUGGUUUAAUAGUUGUGUGUAUGUGUGACAAUGUGUUUAUAUGUUUGACAUCCAUGAAACUCCGUAGUCCACGCUGUACUUCAUGCAAGACGCUCUGAAUACUCACCUUCUCACCCUGCAGCACACACAAAGUAAAUGAGUACGUGCUGGUUCGGCCAAUCAGGAGAGGCUUGCUCUGGUAUAAUCUGCUAUUCCCAUAAUGCAACGUGGGGGGUUCUCCUACUGUAAAUCCAAUGCAGCCUGAAACACCUGCACCAGCAUAUGCAGAUUUCAAUGCUGGAGCCUGGUAAGGACAAAAUCAAGGUGAAAAUGCAUUUAUAUAAAGUGAGCGUUCACAAUUGCGCACAACUUCCUGUUGAUAAAUCACAGUAAACUCAGACGUGUGUGCGCAUUGGAAAGCCUCGUAUUCCACAGUGAAACAUGUGAGCCAUCUAUUCAAAGCAUGUCUUGAAUAUUAAUACACAAAUAGUGACAGCCAGGCAUCACUGGCUGCAUGUAAGCACUCGUUUAGCACACAACUGAAUGGCAGUUUUCUAAGAAAACCUAAAAAGGAAGAUUAAAACAAAAAAGUAGCAGGUGGGACCAGAGGUGUCCUGUCCUCAGGCAUGAUCUCGUGGGGGAAAACACUUUCUUUCUGGUAGCUUGUGGUGCAUAGAACCCUAAACAUUCCCUUUAUAAUGGAGACAUUUUUUCAUAGCAACGUGAAUCCAUGUGUCGGUGCCCUGAUCUUAUUUCUUCUUCCACUGCUUUAUUAAAUCCCACUCCAUAUGGUCUCUGGUGUGGAUCAGAGGGCUGCAUUGAGAUUGGGUCCUGCCAGGUCCUCCGAGACCCAACACAAAUCUCGCGGAAGCAGGCGAUUAGAACUUAGCUGCGGGUGGCUAAAAAUAAAAAAUGCGGGUUUGGAAGCAACAUGACUCAGUCAACAAAGGAGAAUAGUGUAAAAGUAUUCGGCGUCCACACGCUACUUUCAUCUUAAAUAGAACAUAUUUAACAGGAGCAUCAGAGACAGACACAGAUGCAGCAAGUUACCAUAGCAACACUGCAUGCCCAUAUAUGGCACACACAUAUGAAACUCUUUAAAUGAAAACAACGAAAUAAGAGCGUUAUUCCUGAUCAGUGCAUCAAAAGCCAUACAGGCCAGGGAAACGAAACAAACAACCCCAUGAAUCUCUUUAUUGAUAGCCUAAAUGACGUGUUUUCUCCAGCAGGUAGGGAGAAAAUCAAUGCAUCUCUGUUAUUGUGCGGGCAUAAUUUCUCAGAGUUUCGCAAUUGUGAGACAGGACAUAAACAUUGCAUGAAUGGGCGGGUGUGUAACACACAUUGUGGGUAUGGGUGCUAAUACUCUGAAUUUCAGCAGGGAUGGGCGGGAGCAGCACAAAGAAAUUAGUUGAGUAUUAGUCAAAGUUGAGUGUAUAUGUUGGGUCAAGGAACUGUUGAUUAAAUUUGAUCUGGAUCGUGACUUUAACUGCAGAUCCAGAAUUUUUUCUGUCAUCUGUAUGUUAAUAGUGUUUUGGUGAGACAGCACUGUACUCCUUAGUUACUGCCAAAUGUAGGACUGGGUUGGUACCUUUCUGAGUACAGUAGUGCUCAGAAUAAUAGUAGUGCUACGAGUGCUCGUAGUAAUAGUAGUGCUCGUAUGUGACUAAAAAGAUUAAUACAGGUUUUGAGUAUAUUUCUUAUUGUUACAUGGGAAA